UGCAGACGUCUCGCACAGCUGCCAGAAUCGAGUGUUUCGAGUUGAGGGAAGAGACAGCCUGCGGGAACCAGUGUUUUCACCUGUGAAAAUUAAUCAAAUUCCCAAUUAGCAAUCGCCUGGCAUCCAGCCACAGGAGGAGCAGGAGCUACAAUGCUGGCACCAGGACACAGAAGCCACCGACUACGAUGACGAGUGGGGUUUUGCACAAAGAAAGUCGCGAAAAUAUAUGCACAAGCCAGUAUACAUACAGACGGAGCGAAGGCAAAUCUGCUUUUAGGUCACACAAAAGGCUCUCGCAGCAGCAGGACCAGCAUUAACAUCAACAGGAGCAGCCAAGGAAUUCCAAGAACGAACCAACAAAUCCCCUAUUGAUGAUAGCAGAUCUAGGCCAAAGGAAUUGAGGAGCCGUUGCGAUGCCGUCACGUCGCUCCGGUGGCGGUGGCACCACCAAGAGGAAACACUCGCUGGGAAACCUCCGUCGAGCCCAUCCUGCAUCCGGUGCCACAUGGAACGUUCAGGUGGUGCGGGGCAAGAUGUCCUCGAAGUGCCUGUGGCACGCCUGUCGAGCCUUGAUUCUGGGCCUCACUUUGAUGCUCCUCGGCGCAGGAAUGGCCACUUUGGGCUACUACGCGGAUCACCUCUCGAUGGGAUCAGAAUUGCGGGGCAAUGUCACGGUGCGAGUCAAGAACGACCUGAAAGGCUUCCAUCUGAACAACUUUGCCUACGUGGGCCCCAUUGUCAUGGGCUUCGGUGGCUUCAUCGUGGUGGCCUCCUGCGUGAUGACCUUCGAAGCCCGCGACUCCGCCGCAAAGGUCGUUCCAGCUCGAUUGCGAGCUGGAGGAGGCGGCAGCAGCAAGAAUCCUUCGAGGAGCAACCAAGGGAGCUCCGCAUCUCAGCGACGCGGAAUGGGGGCUCAGUACCAGUCUAGCCGUUGGGAUCAGCACUUCGGGGUGUUCCGCUCCUCGCCCGGCGAUCCUCACCAGCAACCGCAGACCGCCUGCAUAUCGGCCACACAUCCGCAUCCGCAUUCACAUUCGCAGCAGCCCUUCGAUCGCGAGGCACUCACCGCCGAACUGGUCAAGUUCUCCAGGUCACUCAGUGCAUCCAAUCGCUUCUGUCACCAGUGGCGCCGCCUUUCAGGGGCUGGCUCCGCUCCGGAUCUGUCCGGAUCUCAUGCUCAUGCCAACACCACCAACUCCACCACCACCACCACCACCACCAAUACCACAAACCACCAACAUCCGACCACCACUAAUUACUACAAUUUGCUCUCACUGAAUCGACUGUCGCCGUUGGAAUGGGAACUGUAUUGCUCGCACCGCCGACAUCGUCGCCACCACCAUCGCCAUUCGCACCACCACCACAAAUCCUCGAGCAGCAGUGUGCGUAGAGUGCGCCAAGUGCGUCCUGGAUCCGGAUCGGGCUCUAAUCCGGCCGGAGGAGGAGGAGCUGGCUCCUCUUCAUCCGCACGGAUCAUUAGCAACUCCUCCAGCUUGAUCCAAAGGGCCACCAGGGAGUGCUCUCUGCUCCAACCUCCGGCUGCAAGUCGUGUCUACUGGCAGGCCUCCUCCUUCGACGGCGGCAGCAACCCACCGCCAGGAUUGGGCAUCAGUUCCGGGGCGGAGAAGCGCAGCGAGCGAAACAAGAGGUCGGACACCGCCAAGAGGCAUGUACUCUCCAGGCAGAGACCGAUCGAGCAGGAGGAGGCUCGCGAUCACAGUCGCAGUCCUCUGGGUCACAGGCGGAACUCCACGAUGUCGGACUCCUCGUAUAGCGGCCGCUGGACGGCUCGCUGUGCGUCCAUCGCUAGUCGAACAUCUAGUAUUGAAUCUCGGCGUGUUCAAGUGGAUCUGCAUAGUCCAGAGGUGAUGCCCAAGUCGAUUCUGCGAUCGCCCAAGCGCUACAGCUCCGGUCCAUCGGCCACGCCCUCCGUGGAGAAGGAAUUUCGUAGCCAGCUGUCCGUGUGCUCGGAGCCACCGCCACCGGUGCGCCAGCUGUCAGGACAAUCCAGCAUGGAGCCAGCUGUUCCCGAGGAGAGUCUCGAUCAGUCGGAGGAGCAAGAGACUACCUCCCAGCCCAAGACAUCAUACGAGGAGAUUACCGAGCUGCAGCACCAUACGAGCAGCUUGCCACCGAAGAAGACGCGUCCUGGAUUUUUGCCAAUCGCCCGCAGCGAACAGGAAGAGGAUCAGAGGCCAGUGGCCAAUCCGCUCUACAGGAGUAACAGUUCGCGCCAGUUCUACAGACCCAAAAAGGGAGUACCCAACGAGCGGGAUGAUUCCGUAUUCUACAUACGAUCCAUGGAAAGGGGAUUGGCUGGAAAUGGCGGAAGUGGAAGUGCGGAUGAGCAGAUGUAUGAUUCCUUGAGGGUCAUCAACGAAAGGAGAACCACCUUGCUGAAGGCCGACUCGCAAAGCUCUUUGGGGUCGGCAGAACGAAAGCUGAGCAGCUUCUCCCUGAAAAUGCCUGAGAUUACGGAGCGGGAGAACUCCAUCGAGAUAGAGAUGGAUGCAGAUGAGCCCCAUGAUCCUCCACCUGCUCCACCUGUUCCUUCAACGCCUCCUCCGCCUUCGCUUAAUCCACCUCCAACCGAAACAAUCCAGGACAAUGAUCCCUAGGAUCGAAAGGAUAACCCCACGUCAUAGCGUUUAGCCAGCAGCCAUCGACAAUUACUUUAGCAACUCGAUUGAUGUUUGUAUAUGUAUUUUUGUGCGUGUGUGUCGUUUAUUUUUAUAACCCCUAGAUCGUACCUAGAUAAGUGUUAUAUAUAUAUAUUAUACCAGCAAUUAUCUCUGUGUUGCCUCGGGCCUAAGCAAUCAACUAACGAAUCUUCAACGAUGUCUAUUAAUUGGAUUAACUGAUGUUAUUAAACAUUUAACUGCAGUUGCGAUUAAAAUAUAGGUUUUGCAAAUACUGAACAUAUGCAAAAAAUAUUAUUUCAUUCGCAGCUGUCGGCACUAGUCUUCCUAUUGUUAGAAUAUGAGAAAUAUCACGUUAUUACAGCGCCUAUAUCCUGGGCCACGAGGCUCUUAUAGGUGUACUGUUGUUAUCAAUACUAUUUAUCGGUUACUGUUAUUGCUAAUCUCUACGAGGAUGUGUAGUCACAACGAUCUAGAUACGAGGGCGAGGCCAAAUACAAAUUGCCAGACUUGUGCAUACCCUGUAAAAAGUACAAUCAGCUUAUAGUAAAGACUGAUUAGCAAAUUGAUUUACAAAAUUGGUCAACAGCGAAAGAAAACAUGUCAAUGAAAAGCAAUCGGAACACGGAUUAUGUUCGAUACACAUAAUUAGUUUUACGCUCUCAGUGUUAUUCCCCACAUUACAAGUACCUAUACGAUUAUAUAUCUGAGUGUUUAUUUGUAAGCCAGCAAUUACAAAGUUUCUCGUUCCAUAAGUGUUGAUAACCCCGCAGAGCCCGAAAAUUCGAAAUGAUGGAGUUAGUUUUAAUAGAAGGCGGGCAAAGAAACCCUGUUGAUGUGCGGCGAAUUUUGUAAUAUUGUUCAUUGCAUGAUUAAUAUUGCAUAAAUAAAAGCAAACAAUGUGUGUCUAUUAAA